AUGGCGACAAAAGAGAAAAUAUCAUUUAAAUCAAAAACUGUAUAUUUUAAUAAUGUUCCAUCUGAAGUUAAAGAUAGUUUAAAAUCUUUCUUUGAAUCUCAUGGUUCAACUAUCACUAAAAGAUUUGCUAAAACUAUUGAUUAUAUUAUAACAACAAAUGAAUCGAUAAUUGAAAACAAGUAUCCAAUAUCAACUGCACAAUCACUUGAUAUUAAAUGUUUAGAUUAUAGAAUCAUUCUUAGAAAGAUUCAAUCUAAAAAGGGUGCUACUGCUGCUACAUCUACUACAACAAGUAUCGUAGUUUCAUCAUCAUCACCAUCAUUGACAUCUUCAUCUUCAUCAUCAUCUCCACCUACUGUUAAAUUAUCAUCAUCAAUUAUACCAACCAAAUUUGUUAAAUCUACUUCUACUAUUGCUUCUAUUGCAUCUUCUCCAACACCAACUAUUACAAUAUUGGUACCACCAAGUGGUAGUAAAAAUGGAGGAUUUUAUGUUUCAGUGUUUGGAUUUGAUUUUGUGGCAGGACCAAACUUUAAAGUAAAGAUUGGUAAUCAUUUUACAACUGGUAAUGAAUUUCAUGGUGCCAAUGCUGUCCUAGUAUACGUUCCAAAUGGAUUAUUACUUCCAGUUGGUGAUUUAUCGAUGGUGGCCAGUAACGAUGGUGUCAACUUUGGUACACCAAUUCAUUUUACUGUCGUCGACAGUUCAGUACACUCACUAGAACAAUCUACUACUACUAGUUCAGAGGUAUUAAUUCUAAAAGCACAAUUGGCCAAUUUGAAACGUGCCAUUUCAAAUAUUGCCAAUUUUGAAAGUUUACUCUCCAAUAGAAUAUCAACACUUACCGGUGAUCAAAUGGACAACCUAUUCAAACUUAACCUUGAAAGUGGUUCAACCAAUCCAAAUCAUCCAUUACUCUUGCAACAAGAAAAGUCAAACAUCUCUUCAAAUGACUCUCAUAUGAUUGAAGAUUCGGAACUUCCAGAGACAUGGGAAAUUGAAGAUGAUUCAGAUGAAGAUUCAAGUGUUGGUAAUGGUGAUGAAUACAUUGAUCAUCAAAUUAAAAAGGAAGAAUUUGAAGAAAGAGAAAUUAGAAUCUUUAUCAGCUCUCCAUUCAAGGAUAUGCAAUUGGAUCGUGAUCAAAUUGUCAAGGUUGUCAUUCCAAAGAUUCGUAAACUUUGUAUUGAACGUGACAUUAUUAUGACCUAUGUUGAUUUGCGUUGGGGUGUCACCUCUAGUGCCGCCGAACAAGCCAAUGGUCUAUUAAUGUGUCUACGUGAAUUGGAAAAGUCAAACCUCCUCAUUGGUCUCUAUGGUGAACGUUAUGGUUGGUCAAAUCAAGAACGUUCAGAUGCCAAAACUCAAGCUCAUCUUUCAACUACUCUUGAUCGUGCUAGUUCUGAAUAUCCUUGGGUUAACAAAUAUCGUGAUUCAUCAAUAACAGAAAUUGAAUUUAGAAUGAUAUUAAAUAAUCAUUAUAAUCAAUCAAUGAUUGGUAAAAAGAAUGCAAUGUUUUAUUUUAGAGAUCCAUACUAUGUAGAAGAGAUUUCACAAAAGGAUAGAAACUUGUUUGUAUCGGAAGGUAGCAAGAGCAAGGAAAAGUUGGAUCGUCUUAAACAAGAGAUUUCAAAGAAUCAAGGAUACCGUUCCAAUGAAUACCGUCGUCCAAGUAAUCUUGCCGAUAUUCUCUAUGAAGACAUGGAAAAGUAUAUUGACAAGAAAUUCCCAGUUGGCAAUGAAUUAAAACCUGCCGAAAAGGAACGUUUCCUACAUACCAUCUUUGCCAAACAUCUUACCAAACUCUAUGUUGAAAAUGAACAAUAUAAUCUUCAACUUGAUACUUUUAUUACAAAACAUAAAAAUGUUUUAAUGGUUCAUGGUGAUCAAGGAAUGGGAAAAAGUUCUUUACUUUCAAAUUGGGUAUUAAAACAUAGAGAACAUCAUCCAGAAGAUUUAGUUGUAUCAAAUUGGAUUGGAGCAAGUCCAUCAUCGACAAAAUAUACAUUUUGUAUGAUUAAUAUAAUGAAUGAAAUUAAAUAUCAAAUUGAAAAGGAAGCAAAACAACAACAACAAGGUGGUGGAAAUGAAUCUAGUUCAAUCUUUUCAACAAAUAAUUUGGUAUCUUGGAUUCCAGAUAUUCCAGAGGAGAAUGUAUCGGCAGACAAGAUUGCAUCGGAAUUUAGUAACUUCCUUUCAGUUAUUAUGACUCAUCCAAGUUUGGCAAAUCGUCGUGUUGUGAUUAUAUUGGAUGGUUUGAAUAAAUUGGAUAGUCGUGAUAAUGCAUUGGAUUUAAUUUGGUUCCCUCGUACAUUCCCAAUGAAUCUAAAGAUGAUCAUUAGUGCAACUAGUGGAUCACGUCCAUUGGAAGUAAUGAAGAAACGUGGAGCUGAAAUGUUGUCCAUGGGUGCAAUCAAUGAAGCUACUCGCAAGGCAAUUGUACGUCUCUAUUUGAACCGUUUUGCUAAAAAGGUGUCGGAUCAACAAGAACUACAAAUCGCUCAAUCACCAUCCACCAAUAACCCAAGAUUCCUUCAACUCUUGUUGGAUGAUAUCUGUGUAUUUGGUGAAUUUGAUCGUUUGGGUGAUCGUAUUACUCGUUUGCUACGUGCUAAAAACACUAGCGAGUUGUAUGAAAUCAUUCUUGAUCGUAUUGAAACAGAUUACGAUCAAAAAGGUAAAGGUUUGGUUAGAGAAUUCCUUCGUUACAUUUGGGGUGCUCGUCAUGGUAUCGAAUUGGACAAACUUUCUCAUCUACUAAGUCGUAAAGGUAUUGAUCCACAAGAAUGGAAUAGUCUUUUGGUUUUAAUGGAAGCAUAUAUUUCAAGUAGUAGUGGUUUAUUAUCAUUUUUAAAUGAUGAUAUUAAAACUGCUGUAGAACGUAAAUAUGUUGAUAAUGAUAAAGUUAGAUUCGAUAUUCAUUCAGACUUGGCAUCAAUCCUAUUUGAACAAGCUGAUUUAUCUGAACGAAAGGUUGAAGAAUUACCAUUCCAACUACUUCGAUCAAAUAAUUGGGAAGGAUUAAGAAACUUUUUAGUAGAUAUUUAUAAUUUUGAUAAAUUAUAUUCACCACGUCACAAGAAUGAUUUAAUUGGUUAUUGGAAUACAUUGGAAAAACAAGAUAAACCACCACGUAAUGCUGCAGAGAGUAAGAAUCUCAUCCCUUACUCUGCUACGUACGAGUAUAAACAAUUGAUUGCAAGAAGUUUCCCACAAGCAACUGGAUUGGUCAUUUCAGAUAUACUUUAUCGUAUUGCAUCGUUUUUGGAAGAAUUGACUCAAAAUGAAGGUGCCGAGUUGCUCUAUCAAAAGGCAAGAGAAUUGUACGUAAAUUCUUCACAAAAUUUGGAAGCUGCCAAAGUUGAUCGUGCAAUGGGUCAUAUGUAUCAUGUUCAAGGUCGUUAUGAAUUGGCUGAAACUAAAUUCCGUCAAGCCCUUUCAAUCUAUACCAAAGAACGUGGUCAAGAAGAUAUUGAAGUUGCUGCAACUUUAAAUCUUUUAGGUUCUCUUGCUACUGCUCGUUGUAAACAUGGUGAAGCUAAACAAAUGUUGACAGAUGCUAUGCGUAUUGCUGAAAGUAAAGGAGACGACAAAAACUUACUUAUCGCAGAUAUUGCAUAUAGUUUGGGUUCAGUUCACUUUGUUGAAGAAGCAAGAAAAUUGGAUGUAGCAGAAGAAUUCUUUAUAAAGGCAUUGGAAAUUACAGAAUUGAAAUUGGGUGAUUUGGAUAUUGGUUAUGCUCGUAUUCUUAAUCGUCUUGGUUCAUUGUACAUUGAAAAGGAUCAAUUCAAUGAUGCAGAAAGUUGUUACAAAUCUGCACUCAAGAUUUAUGAAGCUGUACUUGGACUUGAUCAUAGUCGUGUAGCUCAAAUCCUUCGUCAUAUGAUUUCACUCUAUGAAGUACAAGAAAAUUAUCGUCUUGCCGAAGCUUCUGCUCUUCGUGCACUCAAUAUUACUAAAAAGAUUUAUGGUCCAACUCAUAAUCAUGUUGCUGCUAUAUUGAUUCGUCUUGGUCUAUUAUACCUAUCAAGUAACAAAAAGGAACUCUGUCUUCAAACUCUCAAUGAAGCACGUGCUCUUAGAGAAAAAGAAUUUGGUGUCAAUCAUAAAAAUGUUCAACACGUUGUACAACUUAUUAAAAACAUUACAGCUCCACCUCCUCCACCACCUGCUCCAAAACCACCUCCACCAAAACCUUCCUAUGUACCAAUUAUCGUUCCAAAAACUAUUGUUUCGAAUAUUGUAAGAAGUCCUGUAGCUGGUGGUGCUCCUCCUCCACCACCUCCACCACCUCCACCACCACAACCACAACAAUUAUUAUAUCGUCCAUCUAUUUCAGAUAUAAUGAGAAAUGGUUUACCUCCAACUAUUCAAUCUCAACAGCCAAGCCAAAUCCCUCUACCACCUCCUUCAAAUGGUUAUUUGAAUUAUCAACCUUCUCCUUCUCCUCCAAAAUCUCCAAGACAAGGUAUCCAACAAGGUCUCCAACAACCUCAACAACAACAAAGACAAAUGUCUCAACCACAACAACAACAACAACAACAACAACCAAGAUUUAAUUCUUAUCAACCUCAACAACAACAACAACAACAACCACAAGGUGAUUUUGCUGAUAUGGUAGCACAAUAUCAACAAAGUAAUCUAAAGAGAGCAGUUAAUAUUCAAGAUAGAUCUGGAGCAUCUCAAGCAGUAAAGAAUCUUAUUGGUGAAAAGGAAAGUUGUAAAUCUGCAACUGGUCAUUCCAAACCUUCACUUGCCAGUAAAAUUAAAACAAACAAAAAGAUUGAUAUGGAUGAAAUGUUUGCAUAG